AUGAAAACGUUUUUUGAUCCUGCAGAGCUAUUAAAAAGAAAAGUGAAAAGGAAAUAACUGUCUUACCGUUUAGUGUGUUUAGUCGAUUUCGUUUUUCGAGUGGUACGAAUAGAAGUGCGGACCGAAGUUGCAGGACCUGACGGCUUUAGUGUUCGAAGUGGAGUUAUAAUAUGUAUAGAAUCAGUAGGACUGGGAGUAGAUGCGCGGCCCGUAGCCGCAGAGACUGCAGACGUUUUUCGUAGCCUGAGUAGAAUUUGA